GGAAAAAACAGUUGGACAUCUGGAAAAGGUUGAAAAGAGAAGCGGGUAAGUCUUCCCAGAUGGAAAAUACAUGAAGUCAAAAGGCUCCAAAUCAGGAAAGUAGACAAACUAAUUGGGCAAAAAAAGGAGGUGAACAGACAAAAGGCUGGGAGAAGAUCAGCAAAGGAGGAUCUGGAGAGGAGAAAGACAAAGCGAGGGAUAAACAAGUCUGGCAAGUCAAAGUGGAGCGGAACAACAGAACUACUGGACGGAACUGAAACGUUGCUUCAGGAUGUCUGUAUCCUGCAAAUGUCUGUGCUGCGUCAAAUACGUGAUGUUUGUGUUUAACCUCAUCUUCUGGUUGGGAGGAUGCGGGUUGUUUGGCGUUGGAGUUUGGCUGUCCUUCACCCAGGCAGAGUUUUCCUCUCUUCCGCUCUCCUUCCCAUCCCUCUCGGCGGCCAAUCUGCUGCUGGUCGCCGGCGGGAUCACCAUGGUAACGGGCUUCCUGGGCUGUCUGGGAGCCCUGAAGGAGCAGCGCUGCCUGUUGUUUAUGUUCUUUGUGAUCCUGUUGCUCCUCGUCUUGACAGAAGUUGCUCUCGUUCUGGUCAUACACCUCUUUCGUGAUCAGCUGGAUUCCAAAGCACAAGGUGACUUAAAGGAGGGGAUGAAGACUUACCAAUCAGACCCUGGGCUGAAAAAAUCCUGGGAUAAUGUCCAAAAAAUGUUCAAAUGUUGCGGCGUAACAAACAAAACCGACUGGUAUGAAGUGCUCAAUGGAACGCUGCCAUCGUCCUGCUGCUCCGUUGGGAUCGACCAAUGCACUGACGGAUGGAGUGAGCCAUGUUACCAGAAAGCGCGGCAGUGGCUGCUGGACAACAUUCCAUCAGUGUUGGUGUUCGGCGUGUGCAUUGGCGUCGUGCAGAUCUUGGCCCUGGUCUUCUCCAUGCUGAUGUACUGCCAAAUCACGUGUGCUGAGAAGUACUUGGAUUGACUGCAGGCCAAUCAGGAGGAGGCGCAGCUGUAGGAAUUCAACAUAAAACGACCGAUUCAACAAUCGGGCCUUUUUUCCACCAACAGUUCCUGGAACCUUUAGUUCCUGGAAGUGUGUGGUUUGUGUUUCCAGCACAUUUCACAGUUGAGGGUAGUUUAGAAGGCUGAUGAUGAGUGGUACACUUUAUUUCUACACUGAUACCAUGUAAAUAGUCAAGACAAUAUUAGGCCAUAUUUGUUUACUAAAGUAAAUGAAAUACAAAGCAAUAAUAUACAAAACAAUAUGAUUUCAAAACAAAGCGUACCGACAAAUAACUACACAAAUCGUUGACUACUUUUACAGCAUUUAGCAUAUUAAAUAGUGAACAUUUUGAUCCACUUGUCCUUCAUUUCACAUUUCUCUUCAAAAUACAAGCUUGUUGAGGCCCAGUGAAGAGCUCGCCUCGCCACUUCGAAAUACUUUAUUUUCCUCUGUAAAUACCAGCGAUGGGCAGUAACAAGCUACAUGUCGCUAAGCUACGUACACUGCAAAAAGUCAGUGUUCAAAAACAAGAAAAAAAAAAUACAAAAAUGAGGGGUAUUUUAUUUGAACUAAGCAAAAUUAUCUGCCAAUAGAACAAGAAGAUUCGGCUUGUCAAGACUUUCCAAAACAAGUAAAAUUAGCUAGCCUCAAUGAACCCAAAAUUACCUUAAAAUAAGUAUAUUCUCACUAAUAAGUGAACUUUUCUUGGUUAAAAAAAAAAGAGACCUUUUUGCUCAAUAUGUUGAAAAAUAUUCUUAAAUUAAGUAAAUGCUAGUGCCAUUAUCUUGACAUAAUGAUAUAUAUCAUGAUUUUUUUUUUUUUUUCAUGCUUGAAGUAAGAAAUUAUUACUUUAAAAAAGUAGUUUUAUACUUGUGAGUAGGGAUGUCCGAUAAUAUCGGACUGCCAAUAUUAUCGGCCGAUAAAUGUUUUAAAAUGUAACAUCGGAAAUUAUUGAUAUCGGUUUCAAAAAGUAAAAUGUAUGACUUUUUAAAACGCCGCUGUACGGAGUUGCGUCUCCCAGUCAUACUUGCCAACCCUCCCGUUUUCCCGGGAGACUCCCGAAUUUCAGUGCCUCUCCCGAAAAUCUCCCGGGGCAACCAUUCUCCCGAUUUUCUCCCGAUUUCCACACAGACAACAAUAUUGGGGGCGUGCCCUAAAGCAGGGGUGGGCAAUUAAUUUUUACCGGGGGCCGCAUGAGCAACCCGAGCACUGCUGGAGGGCCACAUCGACAAUAUUUCAAUUAAAUGUUGCUCAAUAUUAUUUUUGAUAUAUACCGUAAGAUAAAUAAUAAUAAUAAUUAAUAAUAAUAGUAAUACUUCAACAUAGUGUGUGUAACGGCAUUCCAUGACUAAUAUAAAUAAAUUAACAUUAAUAAUAAAUGACAGUAAAAUAAGCACACGUAUGACUGAGGAGUCAUAGUGUAACUUUGUGUGGUGUUUGAGUUGUCCGACUUUUUGUGUGGCCAUAAACGCACCAGUGGUUUAGUGCUAUGCGUGUUGGUGACAGAUGACAAGUUGGUUUUGGCCUGGUUUGUACGGCAGAAAAUGACUGGUUUUUCGAGAUAGAAGUGUUUUACUCAUGUUUUUGGUGUGAUUAUGUCCGAAUAUAAACAGUUUUGCUCAAUAAAGUGAUCGAUAUAAUUCCUGUCCUCGAAGCAUCUCGAUGGACGUCACAAUAAUUGAACGGUGUUCAAUUGAACGGUGUUGACGAACACCAUUAGGGCCGCUUGUUGUCACUGUCACUCAGAGUUGCAUUGCAAAAUUACACAGAAUAAAUAUGUUUAUUUUGUUUAGAAUUCAGAUGGGAUUUGAUUGGGUGCGCGGCAUAUAUUUGCUGUGCGCAGAGGACGCUUGAGCAGUGCGCAAUUGCGCAGGUGCGCACCUUAGAGGGAACGUUGCUUUGCAGUCCAUGUCUUGUUGGAAACACGCCAUUCCUCAUCAACUUUUCUCUUUUUAGCGUCUCGGGUGUAAACCGUGCAUCACUCGUCGCUGUGCACCUUCACUCGCAGGUUACACACGGACACACGCCCAUAAAUAACACUUUUCAAAAUAAAAGCAGCACAGUUGUAUUGCGCGCACGACAUAGAUGUUUUUUCAACUUUAUUUUGUAAUUUGUGAUUGCAGCUGUUCACAUUCACUCACAAUCACGCACGCGCAUACGUCCACACGGAAGUAAUACAAAUAACGAUUUUCAAAACAAAAGCAGCACUGUCGUAUUGCACACUUGACAUAGAUACUUUUUUACAUUUAUUUUGUAAUUUAUAAUUGGCCUCACGCGGGCCGGACAGGGACGCACAAAGGGCCAGGUCUGCCCUAAAGGCACUGCCUUGGCGUGCCGGCCCAGUCACAUAAUAUCUACGGCUUUUCACACACACAAGUGAAUGCAAGGCAUACUUGGUCAACAGCCAUACAGGUCACACUGAGGGUGGACGUAUAAACAACGUUAACACUGUUACAAAUAUGCGCCACACUGUGAACCCACACCAAACAAAAAUGACAAACACAUUCCGGGAGAACAUCCACACCGUAACACAACAUAAACACAACAGAACAAAUACCCAGAACCCCUUGCAGCACUAAAUCUUCCAGGACACUACAAUAUACACCCCCCGCUACCCCCUUACCCCCCUCCCACCUCAACCUCCCCAUGCUCUCUCAAGGAGAGCAUGUCCCAAAUUCCAAGCUGCUGUUUUGAGGCAUGUUAAAAAAAAAAAAAAGCACUUUGUGACUUCAAUAAUAAAUAUGGCAGUGCCAUGUUGGCACUUUUUUUUUCCAUAACUUGAGUUGAUUUAUUUUGGAAAACCUUGUUACAUUGUUUAAUGCAUCCAGCGGGGCAUCACAACAAAAUUAGGCACAAUAUUUUGUUAAUUCCACGACUGUAUAUAUCGGUAUCGGUUGAUAUCGGUAUCGGUAACUAAGAGUUGGACAAUAUCGGAAUAUCGGCAAAAAAGCCAUUAUCGGACAUCUCUACUUGUGAGUGUUGAUGACACAGCUUUGCAACAGUUGAUAUUCUAGUUUCAAGCAUGUUUUACUCAAUAUAGGUCAUCAAAACUCAGCAACAAGCUGUAAUAUCUUACUGAGAUCAUUUAGGACCAACACACUUAAAACAAGUAAAACACUCUAACAUAAAAUCUGCUUAGUGAGAAGAAAUAUCUUAUCAGACAGAAAAUAAGCAAAUAUCACCCUUAUUUGAGGUAUUCAAUCUUACUUAGAUUUCAGUUUUUGCAGUGUAGUUUAUAUUUUCCAGUAGCUUAGCUACUUUUUUUAACAAGUAGCUUUUCCUGUAACUUAGCUACUUUUAGACACAUGUAGCGAGGUAGCUUACAUCAAAGCUACAAGCUACAAAGAGACAAAAUGGACUGCGAACCCGGAUCAAAUAAAAAUAGAGAGAAAACACAAUGACCUGGAUGAAUGAGAAGAUCUUUACGUGCGGAGACAAUCCAUGCUGAUUAGUUGGUGUUGGCUAAUGUUAGGGCCAGACAUUACGGACUGGCCAAUCAGAGGCAAGAUAAGGCUGGGGCAUACUUGCCAACACUCCCGAAUUUUCCCGGAGACUCACGAAUUUCUCCCGAUUUCCAGCCGGACUUAAGGCACGCCCCCUCCAGGUCCGUGCGGACCUGAGUGAGGACAACCUGUCGUCACGUCCGCUUUUCCUCCAUAUAAACAGCGUGCCGGCCCAGUCACGUCAUAACAUCUACGGCUUUUGGAGAGUGCACAACUGCACACACAACAAGAAGGAGACGAAGCAGAAGAACGAAGAAGAGGCAGUCAUGGCGACGACGAGUGACAGAGAAUAGAACGAGGAUGGACAAUUGAACCCUAAACUCACUCCUUUCCUGCAAAUUAAAUUUGACAGAUGCUGCCCAUACCUAUGCUCCUUCAAAGGCUGUGCUACUGGCUGCAAAGCAUUGCACUUUCAAAUACAACAAUGAGUAGAGGAGUGUUAUGUGUGUGUAUGUGUAAAUAAAUGA